UAGCCGCUGACUCUAACUUUCCGGUCACAUCUCUCUCUUGCAGUCUCGCCUUCUCGAACCCAAUAUCAGUGAAGCAUUCAUCAACACAUGCACAAAUAUCAAGCUAAGAGCAGCUACAAGCGGUGACGGUCCACGUGUCAUAAUAUUUGCCCUCUUAAAGUUAUUCGUGUGACAAGCUGCACGAUCUUAUUUGUACUCAAAGAUCGCAUUGUAUUGUGUGAAACAACUGAUCUGCCAUGGCGUUUUUGCUAAGAUCUAGCAAGUUUGUUUCAUGCACAGUCGCUAAACGAUUUCUGCAUUCCCGGAAUAGUAACCUAGCUCGUAAUCUAGCGUCGAGUUUCCUAGUGUCACAAAGACGAGAUCUCUCAGCGAUUGCCAAUGUCUUCUCGAAUGAAGAACUUGUGAAAGUUCAAUGGGAAGACGGUAAGGAAGCUGAUUUCCAUCACAUAUGGUUGCGAGAUCACUGCCUUUGCAAAGAAUGCUUAAACCCGGCCACUCACCAACGAGAAGUCGACAUCCUAAAGCUGCAAUUGAACAUGGCACCGCCUAAAGUUAGAGUUGUUUCGGAUACUGUUAAGCUGUUGUGGUCAGACGGACACGCUACUGACUACAAGUCAUCCUGGUUAGCACAACAUGCCUACAAGGGGAACAAGAAACUGAGAGUAAAAGAGGAACUGUUCCUGUGGGACAAGGAAAGAAUUAAUUCUACCACUUUGCCUGAAUUUAGUUUUGAUGCUGUGACGACAAACAAGAAGGAUCUAUUUGAGAUUUCUAAAGCCAUUGUUAAAUAUGGCUUUGCAUUUGUCAAUGAUACACCCACUGAGUUAUCCGCUGUUGAGAAAUUAGCUAAAAGCCUCGGGUGCUUUGUGCGUGAAACUCAUUUUGGGCGGCUAUGGGCGUUUUCUAAUGAAGUCAUGGAUCAUGCAGAUACGGCCUAUACAUCAAGUUUUCUCCAUGCACAUAACGACAACACAUACUUCACCAGCCCGGCUGGUCUUCAGAUGCUGCACUGUGUUCAUCAUGACGGUAAAGGUGGCGAGAGCUUAUUGGUGGAUGGAUUUAAUGCCGCAAAUGAGUUGAAGAAAGAGCAUCCUGAAGCUUACACAUUUCUGACCACCAAGGUCUUACCUUACCGGUACAUCGAUAGCGAGCGGCAUUUGAAAGCUUUUGGUCCAACCAUCGAGCUGGACCCUUUUUCUAAAGACUUUCAUCAGAUCCGCUAUAACCACUAUGACAGAGCCGUUAUCGACUGUCUGGAAUCUGACGAGGUUCCCUCAUACUACAAAGCCAUCCAGGCAUAUGCAGAGAUCUUACGCAGACCAGAAAGUGAAUAUUGGUUCAAGCUCGUUCCUGGUCAACUGAUGGUUAUGGGGAACUGGAGGGUAAUGCAUGGUCGUAAUCGGUUUACAGGCAGACGAGACAUGCAGGGGUGUUAUGUGGAUAAAGAUUAUUUCCUUGGACAGUAUUGGUCUUUGCAAGAAAAGUUUCAGCAGAAAGUGUAGGUAAUUGUCUUCUAAUAAUAAGUGUUAGGAAUUAUUAUUAUUAUAUAAUUCAGCAUUACAAGAACUUUACAAAUUUUUUAUACUUUGAAUAAUUACACGUGUGCACUCUUGGCAUUUUCAACUGCCAUAUUUGUGUUCUUCCCCCCACUUUGGUUAAAUGUCCCUAUCUCCCCUAUGGAGAAAUCCUGGCUCCGCCCCUGCAUGGACAUCUACCAUACCAGCAUGACCAUGGCCCUGCCUAGAUUUUUCCAAGUUUUGUCUUAUUUGUGAUAAAAGAAAAACAAGACAGACAGGAAUUGAAUUUCUUUUCAAAUGUUUCUUUGCAAUCAUCCACAAUCUAGGUCAGAUGUGAUUGAUUUAUAGAAAAUCUCAAAAAUUCA